AAAAUGAAAGAAAAUAAAAGAGGUUGUCCAAUGUUACAUAUUUAUGAAAAUCUUUAUAAUACAAUUGCUACAUUACUUUGCAUUACAUUACUCAUUAAAAAAAAGAUUCUAACACGCUUGUCUUUAUGGUGUUGCCAUUAAAAUGGUAAUUUUACAUAAGUUAAAAUGCAACAACAAUGGCCAAACAACAAAUAUAACCAUACAAGGCUAAAUUAGUAGCGUCUUAAUUGGUUUAUGUGUAUAAAACGAGUGCGUCACCUGUUCCGCUUGUCAGUGUGUCCCUCUACAUGAUUGGUUUAAAAUCUGUAAUGACUUCGCCCCCUCUGAAUGGUUCCGUUUCUCUGAUUGGUCAGCUCAGACGACAGUAACAGGUGCCGUCUGUUGGUUUCUGCCGUCUCGCGCUUCCAGUCAGUCCUGAAAGCUGUGAUGAGAGUUUUAAUAAUGGCGUGGAUGUGGAGGGGGACCGUUUCUGCCUACUGCUCAUAUCCGGUAUAAAGGAGAGACUUUUUAAGCACCCUAGAAGGAUUUUAUUCAAGUUCUGAAGAUCUUUUAAACGGAUUUUAUCAUGUUGCCUGGCUCAGUAAAUCUCCGCUGAGAGCCGUCCCAAGCUAGAAACUGUGAAACUUCUGGUUCUGUCGCUGAAGACGAAUUGUCAUGUCGUUACUCUGUGUCAGAGUGAAGAAAGCCAAACUCCAGGGGCCACCAGAUAAGUUCAACACCUAUGUGACACUGAAGGUGCAGAAUGUUAAAAGCACAACGAUCACAGUGCGUGGGGAUCAACCCGGCUGGGAACAAGAUUUCAUGUUCGAGAUCAAUCGGCUGGACCUCGGCCUCAUCGUUGAGGUUUGGAACAAAGGUCUUAUUUGGGACACCAUGGUGGGGACAUCCUGGAUUCCUCUUAAAAAUAUCCGACAAUCAGAUGAGGAGGGCUCUGGCGAGUGGAUUUUCCUGGAUGCAGAAGUCCUGAUGAAAGCAGAUGAGAUAUACGGCACCAAGAACCCAACGCCACACCAAGUGCUGCUGGAUACUCGAUUUGAGCUGCCUUUUGACAUUCCAGAAGAUGAGGCACAGUACUGGACGGGCAAGCUUGAGCGCAUCAACAUGGGAAUCCAUGAUGAGGUAAAGUUUCCUCUUCAGGAUGAUGACCAGAGAGGGCCGCUCCCAUUCGCAGCAUCCCAGUGCUCUUUGGAUGACCAGGACAGUGCUGUUGAUGACCGGGACAGUGACUACCGUAGUGAAACCAGUAACAGUUUGCCUCCUCGUUACCACACAACAGCCCAACCCAACUCGUCCAUGCAUCAGUACCCUAUUGGGCCUCGGCCACAUCACCUUCCAGACUGCUGCACAGAUUCAGUCCACAGUUUUGACCUGGAUUACAGGGAACAGAGAAGAAGCAGAUCUAUAAACCAGAAAGGAAGAGUUAGAAUAAUACCUGUAGAUUCUGGCAUGGGGGUUGAUGAUUGGGAAAGCAAAUACAAAGGUCGAGAAAAGCCUCAGCUGAGUGACUUUUUAGAUAACGAGGAAGACAGUGCAACCAUUCAAAUGAGAAGACCUUACCCUGCGCCAUCAAGUCCACCAAUAAGUCAAAAUGUAAAGCAUGGUGGUUUUCUGCCUGCCGCCUACCCUGAAAGCUAUGAGACUAUUGACAGACGACGAAAGAAAAGAAUAAUGGACCCGGGAGGGCUCCUCAGAAAAGAAACAAACAUUCAAGGUGGACAAACAUCUCUGUCUGAAACAGCUUUACUCCAUAAGAAAAGGGGAGAGAUGUUUAUGCAUCAUGUAACAGAAAUGCAGGAAGAAGAGGAGCGUAUAACCUCAUGCCUUGGGCCACACAAGAAUGGACUAAUCUAUAAAACAAGGAUGUGGGCCAAAAAUGAUCUUGACAACACUUUAGAGAAUUAUGUGGCAUACAAAAAGGAGCAAGAUAGUUUGAGAUCACACUUGGAUUUUAAAUUGGAUAACUAUCAGGAUACAAACUACUGUUCAGGGGCAGAUACAGCUAUUGAUGGCAUUGCUUUUAUGACUGAAGACUUUUACUCGGAGAGUUCAUUACAUUACAGAGACACACAUUCUUCCUCUUAUGAGGACCAAAUAGAAUACUCUCAGGGUCUUUACGAGAGAAAGUGUAGCAAGUCAAAAACUGGGGGAUGGGUUCCAGACGCUCUUCUCUCGCCUGUAGAAGAGCCAAGUGAUGAAUAUGUAGACACAAUGGAUGAGCUUCAGUGCCUAGUUGAAACGGUUUCUGAAUAUCUUGCUGAAAAAGAGGAGGAAAUUAGCAAAUAUGGUUCCCUUCCUAAGUCAAACAAAUCAAGGCUGUCUUCUCAGGGUAGCAAUAGAACUGAUUCUUUUGGAGAUGAUGCAAAUAGUUCAAAAGACUCUCAAGGAGAAGCACUUGCUCCUCCUGAUCAGGGUAUUUCAGGUGUAAAACAUGCUAUGAGCUCAUUAUUUAGUUCUCUCACUGACAAGGUUGGGGGAGGCCUCAAACAGCCACCCCCAACUCCAUCACCAUUGGCACAACCUUCACAGUCUGGACUUACAAGACUCUUUUCCUUUAUUCCUAAAUCAAAUAACACAGCUCCUGUAGCAGUUGUGUCUCCGGUAGAAAGUUAUCCUGAAAAAUCAUUUAGUUGUUUAUCCCCUCAGCCAACACAAACCAAAACACUCCAGGACAGAAAAUCUGCUACAAGAUGUCAAACCCAAACAAUUGCAAGGGAUCAUAGUCCUGACUUUGUCAGUAUACCUCAGAGUGCUCCAGGAAACUCGGUUUUGGAAAAUAUUAAUAAUGUAAAUCUGUUUUCAGCAGCAGAUGGUAAGAUUUUUUCUGAAAACAAACAAGUGCCAAGGUCCAGCAAUUCUAAAAAAUGUACAAGGUUAGAUUUAAAGGGAACUGAUAAAAGUGAUCAUCAAAGUGAAAUAUCAGCGAGAACUGACACAAAAUCAGAGACAAAAAGAAGUCAAUCACAUGAUAAACCUUUUGACCAAAAUUACAAUGACAACUUAUAUGGGAAGCAAAAACCAGUUAUUUACAAGCAAGAAAAUGUUCCUAUUCCAGAGCCACAACAAUCUACUAAUAAAGCUGCAAACAGUGGAUUCUUUAGCCCAUUUAAGAAUUCAUUAAGCUCACUGUUUACUCCUGUUGGUGUCUUUCCAACGCAGAGAGCUCCCCCUUUGGCAGUGUAUCCAGUGUUUAGAAACCAAGAGGAUCAUCCUGCACAAGAGAAUCCAGCGGAAGACCCAUCACUGGGGAGCAAGCCUAAACUACCUUUCCUCCCCUCUGAAAAUAUUUCCACCCAACAAAAUAGCAAAACAGAGGGAGGCACGCUGUUUGGUUUUUUGAAGUUUUCAUCUACUGAAGAUAUUAGUUCUGCUAUGAAAGUACAAAAACAUCCACAAGAAUAUUGCAAUGCAUCCUCAUCAGGUUCUACAACUAUUCCACUCAGUUCAGCCGUGCACCAUGAAAAUAGUGAGAAAGGUUGGUGUUCCAGCAUAUUUAACCCUUCCUCUGCCUCCUCUGUUUCAACCCAAAAGUGUGUCUAUACUCAUCAGUCUCAGGAUAGCAAAGUGCCAUUUGGCCCACAAUAUACCUCAAAUCAGAAAACAGGAGUCCCUCAUGAUACACAGCAUCAAAGUCCCUAUCAGCAUGGAUCACAAAAUUUUACUUCAUGCCCACUUAAAGGUAGUUCAGCUGAAGAACUGAUAGGCUCCAAUCAACAUAAGCAAGGACUGCUAUCUGGACUGCUUAGAUUUGGUUCCACCAGCAACUUAUCUGGUGUUAUGCCACAGCAUGAAAGCAAUCAGUGCAUUCAAAGCAGUAAUCUCUCUCAACUGCCUCAUCAUUCAAGUGAACAACAACAUUCCACAGCACCACAGAAAGGUGGUAUUCUCUCUGGACUAUUAAAGUUUCCAUCAACAGAAACAAUACAAGACAAUGUACAGUCUUCUGAAACUAACAAGCAAAAAACCUUCCAUAGCAGAUUUCAGCAGCAGAUCGCAGAUGAAACUCCGCAAAAUCAACACCAACCAAAGGGACUGCUGUCUGGUUUGCUUAAAUUUGCAUCCUUUGAAAGUCAUUCAAGCAGCCAAACUAUUCACAAAUCUAGUAGUGCUCAAAAUGAUCAACAAACUAACAGUGUACUCGAUACUCAUGAUCCAAAUCGAGGCCCUCAUCCGAGAAACGGGGCAUUUAACCAGCAGCAUGCAGAACUGGAAACUUGUAAACCUGGUUUCACUCGACAACAAACUGUUCCCCUUCAGCAACAUCGGUCCCAACAAGCUGGACAUUCUAGUCUUUUCAAAUUCGCUUCGGCUGACAAUAUAAACACAGAAAAUAAAAUAGUGCAUCAGCAUGAGAUUCUCCAAAAUAAAUCCAGUCAUGAGCAAUCGAGACAAACUAACUUUCCAAUUUCAAAACAUAAUCAACUACAAAGUAGCACAACACAAGCAGCUCAAGGAAGUGAACUGCUAAAUGGACUAUUCAAGUCAUCAUCAGAAAAUAUGACUCGACAACAAAAUGAAAGCACAUAUGAAACUCAAGCAAAUCUAGUCAAAGUGCCACAUACCCAGACUUGUUCAGAACAGGUAGAGACUUCUAAUCAAUCAGGAGUGUUAUCAGGGUUGUUGAACAAGUUAGCAAAAGCUGAAAGCACCCAUGUGACCUUUCAGAAACCAGUAGAACGAACAUCAAACAAAAAGAGCACUAUUCCUACAAACACAUAUCAAACUUUACUGCCAGAACAGUCACUUCACUCGGUCAGUGAUUUAGGACAACAGUCACAAAAGUAUGUUAUCAAUGAUAAGAGUCCAGGCACUGCAAGGAAAAGUUUUUUGUCUGGAUUAUUUGGCAAAAACCAAACUGAUUCACCAUGUACUAACCAAGAAAGAAAGUCUGAUCAACACACUGAACAACUUCAACCCUCAUCCAACAUCUCAAGUUUUACUUCAGAUGUCUUAAAAGGCAAUUCCUCAGAAUUUUCACAGGAUAAGUUGCCAAGGUCUUUUUCAGAAUCUGUUAAUCCAGGACCUAGCUUACAUACUUUAAUGAGAACACCUGUGUCUGAUCAUUCUGAGAGUUUAGACUUGCGAACUUCAACUGCUUUUACAAGAUCUCUCCAGUGUCAAGGAGCUCAUUCCUCAUUUAGCACCGGCAACUUGUCUCACUUAUUCUACUCCCAGUCAAUUCCGCCUUCAAUGGCCUGUAGUACAGGAAACAUUAAUUCUUAUUUGCAAAGCCAAACUAUUUCUCCAGUCAUGAACCUACAGUAUAUAGGUGGAAGUAGCCCUACUUUGUUUGGGUCAACAAAUCAGAAUCUUUAUCAAAGUCAGUUGUCUGACUAUGGGAUAAGUCCCACCUAUGAUGAAAACCAGUGGAUCCGUGAAAGUGUUCUCUGGCAGCAGUUUCAAAAUGAGUCAUUGAAUUACGAUGUUCAGGUAGAAAACCAAGUGUGUGUACAAAGCUGCGAAUGUAAUCCUUUACCAGCAUCUACACUUCAUGGCAGCUUUUUAGAUAUCAAUCAACCAGUUAACCAGACUUCAUGGCAAAGUGGUGCAUGUCACCAAGAACAAAUGGAAUCCCAUCCAUUUGAAGGAUGUAGAAAUGAAGAUUUACAUCCCAAAAGAAAAUUAUGGAGCAGUUAUGAGGACUUGGAAAACAUUGCAUAUCCUUCUAAUAUGGAAGGUGUACUAAACUUAACCACUAAACAGAGUAAUACAAAAUUUGGGAAAUGGCAUUCAUUUAAUGAUGGUAGCUCUUACAGUUUGAAUGGUGUAUCAUAUUAUGAGGGCUAUUAUGAGGAAAAUGCACCAAGCUUAUCUUAUUCAGCUAACUGGCAUAAUGCAAUGAAUAAUGACAACCUACAAAGUGUUCACACUAAUUGCAUGAACCAUUAUGGUCCUUUAAAUUCUAGCAGACAUGUAGAUUCAAGUUGUCUUGCAGGUGUCAACACUGAGACAGAAGACUCAUUGUACCUUCAAGACACUGAAUGGUAUCAGCAGUGGCUUGCUCUGUUGGAGCAAGGCAUGUGGUGGCCAGCAGAAGAUGGUGACUGUGGCUAUUUUGUUUACACAGAUCACGAGUAUAUUUAUGCCUUGCUUACAGAUGAGAUGGGUGAAUAUGUGUAUGUGUGUACUCCAGAAAGUGAGCCACGCGAGGAUACACAGACUUUGGAUAAUUUACCCAAUGCUUUUCUGCACAAUGAAAUGGUCUUAGUCUGUGGUUUUAAAAUACCACUUUACAAUGAAGAUGAGCUUCUUUGGCUUCCUGGUCAAGAUCACAAUGAUCCUCAGCUUCUUAAUGCACCUCUAGAUUUGUCAGCUGCCUAUAGAAAAGGAAAUCAGAUCAUGAAUUUAAACCUUGAGCAGUUCUCUGAGAUGUUUGAAAAUUCAUUUCUGUCACAAGGGCAGCGAAGUGUAGACUUUUCAUCUUACAGAUUAAACAAAGUCAGGAUGGACCCAAGGCAGUCCAGCUAUGGCUAUCAAGAUUAUUACCAAGAUGUCAUUGACCUUUCAUGUCAUAACAGAGAUCACAUGGGCCCCUGUUGGAAUAACAAUGAAGUCAAGAGGCUUCUUGCCCAAAAGGUUUCUGUUUCAUUAAACUCUACUUUGACGGAAAAUUCAAACCAUCAAAAACUCUACAACUGCUAUCAACCCAGCCAGCGGCGGCGUUCAUCUACUGGUGUGAUUGUAAAACAUGUAGAUGAUACUUCUGAGGAAGAAUGGAGGCAAAGGGUGUCUCCAGUUAAAGAAUUGCCCAAUUGUCAAGUCAAAAAGGUUUCUUCACUACUGUCUUCUUUUGUGGCAUCACAGGGAGAAUUGAACAAAACUAAUACAACUCAGUGUGAUCAAGCCUCUGGAAAAUAUACUAAGAACAUUCUGUCUGCAAGCUUCCAAAACCUUAAGUCUAAGAUUAUCAAAGAAAACUCUCCUACUGAUGUGACCCAACCAGAAUAUUCUAAACCAGUGCACAGGCCAGCCACCACACAGGGAAGAAUUUUACCCACAAUACCUACAUCUGCUCAAGUAACCCAGUCUUCAACACUUUUGCAUACCUCUUCGCAGAAACCAAAACUUUCACGACAGACUACAAUGGCACAGCAAGCAGCUCCACCAACAGAGCCAUCUGUGGCAGCAUCUUUAUCAUCAACAGAUUCCUUUUAUAAACCUACACAGCCUGCCCUUGCAGCUGAUAAGCCAGUGGCUAAACCAGUGGAGAUAUCAUCUGAACAGCCACAGGCAGGCUUCAUGAAUUUUCUCAAGUCUGCAGUAGGAAUGGAAGAAACCAAAUCAGAUUCCCAGACACUUUCUCAGACAUCUCCUAAUUUGCAAAGUAAAAAUGGAACCACUACCUCUUUACCAGAUAAUACUACUCCAAACAAAGACACUUCAGGUUUGUCAAAUUUCUUUGGAUCAAUUGGCACCUUAUUUGGUAAUGAAGCCUCUCCACCACAAAAAACACAAAUUAAACCUAGUGUUACAGAAAGUUCUAUUUCAUCAACUUCUAGAUCUAAGGGCAUACCAAGACAACAAACAGUGGACCAGUAUAGCACAUCUCAGCAUAUACAAAGCCAGAUCCAAACCAAAAAUAGAACAGAAGUUCCUCCUCCCAACUUUUCCACUGGCCGUGCAGUAGGCAAGUCAGAAAUUAAACCACUUAUCAAUCAAACUAACCAGGAAGUAGGAGAUAAAACAUCUGCUGGACCUUUUGGACUUUCUAUUGGAGGUAUGCUUGUAGGGUCGACACCAUCUGCCCAAUCUAGUGCCACACCUCAGGCAGGUAAACCAGCUACAGCUCCACAAGAAGAGUCACUUAGUAAAAGUAUUUUUUCAAUGUUUACUGGGCCAAGUAAUCAACAGAUUGUCCCUAAAACUGAAACCAUGUCUCAUGCAAAUCCACCAAGUGCAGCUCCCCAACCACCUCAACCAGAAACAUUUGGCAAAAGUUUGUUAUCUCUGUUUGGUGGAUCGAGCCCCCCUCAGCCGCCUAAACAAUCUAAGCCUGGUGCUGAAACAACACCACUGGGAGCUAUUCCUCCAAAAGACUCUCCAUCUUUAGGAUUUCUUUCAAUGUUUGGUGGGUCAAGCCCCCAGCAAUCUCAAGCCCAAACUGGAUCUUUUCUUGGGGGAGUUGGAUCUGGGUCAUCAAAUUCUUCUGAACACACUCUUAAGGGACUUUUUUCAGCGUUCAGUGAUUCCACCCCACCACAAGCACAACCAACAACUAAGCAAUCUCAAAAAACAGUUAAUCAGUCUCAAACUCAUCAACAGUUUGAGUCUCAGGCACAAACUAAACCACAAGAACAGCCUAAAACUCAAGGACACGCAGCAACGUCUGUUCUUGAGGGUAUAAUGGGCAGCUUAUCUGGCUCAAGUGAAAGUCAGAAGACAAGUUUGUUUUCCAUGUUUGGUGGUCCCACAACUCCUCAAACUAGAGAGUUUAAUGCAAAUUCAAACCUUUCUUUAGCCCCUGGGACUGCAGCACACAAAAUAUCUACUAAUGUAGACUCAAAAUUUAAUGAAGAUAUGUCAUCACCCCUGCAAACUCCCAAACUAUCUUCUACCAAAGAACCACCACAAAAAAGAUCACCCCAGAUGUCAUCUGAUUUAAGCAACAAUUCACCAAAGCCAGGUUAUACCAGUGAAUUAUCAAAUGAACUGUCAGGGGUCAAAGCCAAUUGUUCCCCAAACAAACUGCAUGCUAGCCCAUCAAGUGAGAUUCCUGAGCCUAGUACUGAUUCUUAUAAAGAGGACGCCACAGUUAAAGGAACAUCUAAAGAACCUAACUCAGAAAGCACUAUGCAAAAGGACGCAUGCACAAGUGCACCGCAGGUUUCUGCCCCCCCUAAAGAAUCAAUUUCUUCCAGUUUGUUAUCUAUGCUCAGUGGAUCAGGUCUACAUCAUUCAAGUGGAUUUUCAUCAGAAGUUCCAGGAAAAGGUUUGCAUUCUUUAUUUUCCUCUCCCAGCACUGAGCCUUCCACAAGUCAGUCUGAGGCUUCACCUCAAGGAUCUUUACCAGCAUUGUCAGCCCCAAAGGACUCCCCAGCCAAAGGGCUAUUCACCACUUUUGGAGAUGCUGUUUCUCAACCCUCUUCACAGUCUGGAAGUUCUCUGUUAGGGACAUUGUUUGGAGGGUCGUUACCCCAGACACAGGCUUCUCAGCCUGGAUCAUCAUUUCUUGGUGGUUUAUUUGGUGGCUCUGCACCUCAAAAUGGUUCUCAGGUUGGCCCCACCAAAACUGGACGGCCUGUUCCUCAAACUGCUGGAUCUCAGACAGGGCCAUCUUUACUUGGAGGCUUAUUUGGUGGAGCACCUCCCCAUGGAGUCGAAUCUCAAACUGCAUCCUCUAUUUUAGGUGGACUUUUUGGGGGCUCAUCAACCUCAACAACAGUUCCUCAAACAGUUGGGUCCACUUCAACCAUCCAAAAUAAGAGCUCUUUUUUGGGAGUAAUUUUGGAAGGAUCAUCUGGUCAAAGUGCUACAAUGCAUACUAGUACAAAUGAAACACAACCACACUUAGUCCCUGUGCCUGUAGGAUCUGCUCCAGCUGUAAAACCCUCUGUAACAAAUAAAAAAACUUAUAAUGGCCAAACAAUAUUAACUACACCCCCUACAGACACCUCAUCUGGGCAGUCUAUUUUGCUGAAAACCCCCAAUGAUGACAACACCACCCUAGCUAGUGCUGAAGCAGAAGCAGGUGUAACUGAUACUGCUUUCCACAGAAAAGAACAAGUGGAAACAGUACAGCAACCUGAUAAUACAUUUGAGGCAAGUGAGUCCAGAGCAGAUGUCAAUAUCACCAAAGAGAUAAUUUGUCAAAGUAAGGACAAGUCAACAGCUUUAGCUGAAGAUAUACAUGUUAAAGAUUCUGAAAGAUGUAUACAAAUGCAAUCAGGGAAUAUAAAUACCCAGAGUCAAGAAAGUGCACCACCCAAAGUAGAAGAGAUGGUAAUAGUUCCUCCAUCUGUGAGUCCUGACAUUCAAUUACAGAAGAACCCUCCUGAGUCCGGUGACUCAUCUGCAGAUGCAAUUACAGGCUUCAUGCCUUCCCUGUUUAAACCAUCAGCUGCUCCCACUGAAGGUCCCCAGCAAAACCAACAAAAGAUUUUGUUUGGACUGGGAGGAGUAUCAUCUGAAGCUUCUUCUAGUCUGACUGGAACAGCACUAUUAGGGGGUAUUUUUGGAGGGCAGAAUAUUCAGUUAGCAUCUCCUCAAACUGGUUCAUUACUGGGAGGUUUAUUUAAAGGGUCUGCUCCACAAUCUGGUCCUCAAACCACAACCACAGCUACUGGGGGGUCAAUAUUAGGUGGUGUUUUUGGAGGAGGAUCCACUACCAAAUCUACAGCUACUCCAAGUGGUGGAUCGUUUCUUAGUGGGAUGUUUGGAGGAACUGGAGCAACAUCACAGCCGGGUAGUUCUCUUCUUGGAGGAAUGUUUGGUGGUGCCACAGGGCAGGCUGCAGGAUCACAGACCGGAGCAUCAAUUCUUGGAGGCAUUGGUGGAUCUCUUUUUGGUGGAAUGGGCCAGCCAUCCAAGCCUGAAUCCACUCCAGUUGAGUCAAAGCCACCAAGUGGUACUAGUGCACAGCCCCAUAUUAAAAAUGAAAAUAUGUUGCCAAACGAAGGUCUAUCAGGUUGUGAGACAAAUAAAAAUGAUCACAAACAAACAAAGCUUGGUGACUUAACACCGUUAAAUGUAGCAGCUUGCCCCCAAAUUAGUGGGGUCCCAAAUGAGUAUAUGAGUACUACAAAUUAUAUCACCAAUCAGGUAGAUGGCACUGAAAAAAUAAAUACAGGCCCAGAUAGAGAGGUUAAACAGGAGAUGCCAAUGAUAAUUAAAGAAGGUCCUGAGAGUCAAGAAAAUGUACAUUUAGAGUCGGCUUUUUCAAAAGAUCCAGAUACAAACAAAACUUCUCCAGCCGUUCAGUUAUCUAGUAGUACUGAACAGCCUCAAGCCAAGUCUCUGUUUGGUUUUAUAUCCACACAGACUGAAACUGGAAUUUCUCUUGGAUCAAUUUUUUCACCUGCAGUGCCAUCAGUUGUAUCACCCCAAACAGAAGGAGGGAAUGCUCUGUUGUCAGGUUUAAAAUCCCUCUCUGGAAGCUUAUUCCAAGAGGAAAGUCUUACUACUGGGAAACGAGAGCCAACCACCUCAUUAUUUGGGACAAAACUAAGUUUUCCAUGGCAGGCAGAGCCACCCAAACCCCAAGCAUCGCCAGUUACAACUCAGCUCCAAACUAAUAAAACAACUAGUGGUCAAAUACAAGCUAUAGAUAACUCUUCAACAUCUGAUACCCUUAAGAAUGAACUGGUAGGUUGCACAGAUGAUCUAGAGAACCCUCAGAUUUGCAUCUCUGCUCCUGAAGUAGAUCCUUCAGUAUCCCUGACCCUAAAGGAGAAGGAAUGGCUUGUAGAAACAGAUCCCUCUGCAGGUUCUGCGACUGGAAUGCAGCUGGACAACCAGUUCAAGAAGGAUCUAUUGAAUGAAAAAAGGCUAGUAAAAACAUAAUAAAUGGGACCCCCUCCACCAUGUAUGCUUCAUUGGCAGAUUGGGGGAAAAUGUGUUUUUCCUGUCCAGCUCUGCAGUCCAUUUAAUUUACUUUAGUCUUUGUGAAUUUGUGUGUUUGUCUCUACAGCUGGGAAUGUCAUCUGAAAACAGAAUUCCAAAACAAAUUCUGAAGUUAUUUUAAAAUCGUCCUCAGAAAUUUAAAAUUACUUUCCUAAAAAAAAGAAUUCUCACUGCUAAUAUUGUAUUUUAAACUUAAAAUUGACCUAACAUCACAUUUUCGUGGACAUGUUUUAACUUAACAUUUAAUGCAAUUUAGGUCAUGUACUUUUCAAUGAAUUGACAAAUGAACAAAACAACAGCAUACCAAUAAGUCACAUUAAAUUAAUUAAGAUUAAACUUUUUUCUUGGAGUUCUGAUUUGAUUGGACAUUCAGACAACCCAUAAGUUUGCAUUCCUGUGCCAUCCUGUGUUAAUCUAUAUUUCAACCAAACUAAUGAAAUCUGUUAAAACAUUUCAAGGUUUGAAUGUCAAACACACUCAAUUGAAUCUGCAUAUUUUACAGUUUUACCAAUUAAUGCUUUGGUCUGAAUACGUUGGCCUGCCGAUAUACAGGGAGUGCAGAAUUAUUAGGCAAGUUGUAUUUUUGAGGAAUAAUUUUAUUAUUGAACAACAACCAUGUUCUCAAUGAACCCAAACAACUCAUUAAUAUCAAAGCUGAAUGUUUUUGGAAGUAGUUUUUAGUUUGUUUUUAGUUUUAGCUAUUUUAGGGGGAUAUCUGUGUGUGUGCGUGCAGGUGACUAUUACUGUGCCUAAUUAUUAGGCAACUUAACAAAAAACAAAUAUAUACCCAUUUCAAUUAUUUAUUUUUUUACCAAUGAAACCAAUAUAACAUCUCCACAUUCCCAAAUAUACAUUUCUGACAUUCAACAACAAUACAAAAACAAAUCAGCGACCAAUAUAGCCACCUUUCUUUGCAAGGACACUCAAAAGCCUGCCAUCCAUGGAUUCUGUCAGUGUUUUGAUCUGUUCACCAUCAACAUUGUGUGCAGCAGCAACCACAGCCUCCCAGACACUGUUCAGAAAGGUGUACUGUUUUCCCUCCUUGUAAAUCUCACAUUUGAUGAUGGACCACAGGUUCUCAAUGGGGUUCAGAUCAGGUGAACAAGGAGGCCAUGUCAUUAGUUUUUCUUCUUUUAUACCCUUUCUUGCCAGCCACGCUGUGGAGUACUUGGACGCGUGUGAUGGAGCAUUGUCCUGCAUGAAAAUCAUGUUUUUCUUGAAGGAUGCAGACUUCUUCCUGUACCACUGCUUGAAGAAGGUGUCUUCCAGAAACUGGCAGUAGGACUGGGAGUUGAGCUUGACUCCAUCCUCAACCCGAAAAUGCCUCACAAGCUCAUCUUUGAUGAUACCAGCCCAAACCAGUACUCCACCUCCACCUUGCUGGCAUCUGAGUCAGACUGGAGCUCUCUGCCCUUUACCAAUCCAGCCACGGGCCCAUCCAUCUGGCCUAUCAAGACUCACCCUCAUUUCAUCAGUCCAUAAAACCUUAGAAAAAUCAGUCUUGAGAUAUUUCUUAGCCCAGUCUUGACGUUUCAGCGUGUGUGUCUUGUUCAGUGGUGGUCGUCUUUCAGCCUUUCUUACCUUGGCACCUUGUGCUUUUGGGCAAUCCAGUGAUGUUGCAGCUCUGAAAUAUGGCCAAACUGGUGGCAAGUGGCAUUUUGGCAGCUGCACGCUUGACUUUUCUCAGUUCAUGGGCAGUUAUUUUGCGCCUUGGUUUUUCCACACACUUCUGUUGACUAUUUUGAAUGAAACGCUUGAUUGUUCGAUGAUCACGCUUCAGAAGCUUUGCAAUUUUAAGACUGCUGCAUCCCUCUGCAAGAUAUCUCACUAUUUUUGACCUUUCUGAGCCUGUCAAGUCCUUCUUUUGACCCAUUUUGCCAAAGGAAAGGAAGUUGCCUAAUAAUUAUGCACACCUGAUAUAGGGUGUUGAUGUCAUUAGACCACACCCCUUCUCAUUACAGAGAUGCACAUCACCUAAUAUGCUUAAUUGGUAGUAGGUUUUCGAGCCUAUACAGCUUGGAGUAAGACAACAUGCAUGAAGAGGAUGAUGUGGACAAAAUACUCAUUUGCCUAAUAAUUCUGCACUCCCUGUACACCAGUAUCAUAUGCAGAUGUACAUUCAUUGUGUGUUUUUAUUUGAAUAGCAUAGCAAGCAUUUGUAAAAAAAAUUUUUAAAACUGCAGCUCUGUUAUAGAAAUUCUAUCUUAUUGAUGCUGUACAUGAAUUGAUGCAGUCUUCAAAUUCUUCAUUAUUUCCAACAUGCUGCAGCCUCCUUGCAAGGUUGGGUAUCUAGAAUUUUAAUGUGGGUUGUCUAUACCAAACCGGUUCAAUAAGAUAAGUGUACACUUAAUAGUGUGUGUAAACUGUUCUUUGCGUUUAAGUGAGGUUUAUUAAAAAUCCAUUCUGGUUUUUCCUUAAAACCAUUAAAUUUUUAGGGUUUAGAAUUGAUUAAAGUUCAUGUUUUAAUUCACCCCCACCCAUCUGAAAAUUUUAAGAAAAAAUAUGAACUACAAAAUAUUGGGAAUAAAGAGUCAUCCAUGCCUUUUCUGAUCCUGUUUUUUUUUUUUUUUUUUUUUUUUUCUUCUC